AUGGGUCCAGGCGGCGGAGGCAACAUCAAGGUGGUGGUUCGGGUGCGGCCUUUUAACAGCCGAGAGAUUGAGCGUGGUGCAAAAUGUAUUGUUUCAAUGAAAGGCGCCCAGACGGUGAUCACCCAGCCGCCGGGCAUGGAAGAUAAAUCGCGAAAAGGUGGCAAGGGUGGUGGUGAAGGUCCCAAGACCUUUGCCUUUGAUCGAUCUUACUGGUCUUUCGACAAGAACUCCCCAAACUACGCCGGACAGGACAAUCUUUUUGAUGAUUUGGGCACACCAUUGCUGGACAAUGCCUUUGGCGGAUACAACAACUGUAUCUUUGCCUAUGGUCAGACCGGUUCUGGAAAGUCAUAUUCGAUGAUGGGAUAUGGAAAGGAAUAUGGUGUCAUUCCCCGCAUUUGCCAGGAUAUGUUUGAGCGAAUCACACAAAUUCAACAGGACAAACUUCUCAAUUGUACUGUGGAGGUCUCAUAUCUGGAAAUUUACAACGAACGAGUGCGCGAUCUGCUCAACCCGUCCAACAAAGGUAACUUGAAAGUCCGCGAGCAUCCUUCUACGGGUCCAUAUGUGGAGGAUCUGGCCAAGUUGGUGGUACGCUCCUUCGAUGAGAUUGAAAAUUUGAUGGACGAGGGAAACAAAGCACGAACGGUGGCUGCAACAAACAUGAACGAAACAUCCAGUCGAUCCCACGCCGUUUUCACUUUGACAUUGACACAAAAGCGCCAUGAUGCCGAGACCUCCAUGGAUACGGAGAAGGUGUCAAAGAUCAGUCUGGUUGAUUUGGCUGGGUCAGAGAGAGCCAACUCCACAGGAGCCACGGGCGCCCGAUUAAAGGAAGGUGCAGAGAUUAACCGUUCUCUGUCCACGCUGGGUCGUGUCAUUGCGGCCUUGGCCGAUGUUUCUGCUGGAAAGAAAAAGAAUGCCUCUAUGGUCCCAUACCGUGACUCUAUUCUCACUUGGUUAUUGAAAGAUUCACUGGGUGGUAAUUCCAUGACCUCUAUGAUUGCAGCUAUCUCACCUGCAGACAUCAACUUCGAGGAAACACUCGGCACCCUGCGAUAUGCUGAUUCGGCGAAGAGAAUCAAGAACCAUGCAGUGGUGAAUGAAGAUCCGAACGCUCGUAUGAUCCGCGAGCUCAAGGAGGAAUUGGCACAACUGCGUUCAAAGCUCGGAGGAGGUGUAGGUGGUGCUGGAGCCGCGGGUGGAUUGCCAGCCGAAGAAUCAUAUCCUCCCGAUACCCCCCUGGAAAAACAAAUGGUUUCUAUUCACCAACCCGAUGGUUCUGUGAAAAAGGUUAGCAAGGCCGAGAUUGUGGAACAACUCAAUCAAAGUGAGAAGCUGUACAAGGACCUCAACCAGACAUGGGAGGAGAAAUUGCAAAAAACAGAAGAAAUUCACAAAGAACGCGAGGCUGCCUUGGAGGAACUUGGUAUCAAUAUUGAAAAGGGAUUCAUUGGACUGAGUACACCAAAGAAGAUGCCUCAUUUGGUCAAUUUAAGUGAUGAUCCCCUGUUGGCAGAAUGUUUGGUUUACAACAUCAAACCAGGGACUACGACCGUUGGACAUAUGGACCAGGGCAAUAAUGUGGAAAUUCGAUUGAAUGGCUCCAAGAUUCUUUCCAAACACUGUACCUUCGAAAACGUGGACAAUGUUGUGACUAUUGUCCCCACCGAAGGAGCCGCAGUAAUGGUAAAUGGUAUGCGGGUUGACAAGCCAAAACGUCUCAAAAGUGGUUUUCGCAUUAUUCUCGGCGACUUCCACAUUUUCCGUUUCAACCACCCGCAAGAGGCUCGCGCUGAACGAGUGGAGCAGAGUUUACUACGGCAUUCUGUAACAACCAGCCAACUGGGUUCACCCGCGCCUAACAAAACUCAUGACCGCAAUAUGAGCAAGACUGGGUCUGAAAUCGAUGGAGACUCAAGUAGGGCAGAUUCUCCGAUGCCUUCCCAGCGAGGCCGAGAGUCAGACUGGUUCCUUGCUCGAAGAGAGGCAGUUGGUGCCAUGUUGGGACCAGAUCAAAUCUCACAUUUGCCGGACGAUGAGCUGGAUGCCUUGCUUGAAGGGGUACAAAAAGCUCGAGCAGAGCGUCGUGGGUUACCCGAAAAUGACGAAGACUCAGAUUCUCUUAGCUCCUUCCCCGUACGUGACAAGUACAUGUCCAAUGGUACCAUUGACAACUUUUCACUUGACACUGCUAUCACGAUGCCAGGUACCCCCCGUCAGAAUGGCGAUGAUGAAGGAGCUAACGGGGGUGUUUCUCUGAACUCGGUCCGGCAAGACAUGCAGCGCCAAUUAGAUCGGCAAAGAGAUGAGUUCCAUGAUAAGCUCAAGGCUGCCGAAGCGUCUUCCAAUCAGGACCCGACCGAGAUUCGCACUGAGAAGCAACGUAUGGAGGACGAGCUAAAAUUCGCCAAGGAAGACUAUGAGGAGCAGCUAAGAGUGCAAAAGGAGGAAUUCGAAACACAGAUGCGAGACAUGGGGAAGCCUAUUCCUCAAAUUUAUGAGAAUGGUUUCGCCAAACUAGACGAACGAGAAAUCGAGAUCGCCCGAUUCGUUUUCCGGCAUUGGUCCCAGCGCAAUUAUGUCCGCAUGGCCGAAAAAGUUCUACAGCAUGCAUCACUCAUCAAGGAAGCACAAAUUAUGAGCCAGAUUAUGGACAAGAACGUGGUCUUCCAAUUCGCUAUUGUUGAUCAUGGCCACAACAUGGCAUCCUCUUACGACCUUGUACUGAAUGGGAUUUCUGGCGACGACGAUAUUGUGCUCGAAGAGGCCAAGAAACCUUGUGUUGGCAUCCGGGUUAUCGAUUAUAAACAAUGUGUCAUUCACCUGUGGUCAAUCGAGAAGCUACAGCGUCGCGUUCAAUCUAUGCGCCAGUUACAUCAGUACAUUGACCGACCUGACUAUAUCCAGCAUUUCAAACUUGAGAACCCGUUUUCAGACCCAUGUUCCCCGCAGUACUCUCUCAUCGGUGAUACCGAUAUUCCCCUAACGGCGGUUUUCGAGACACGCGUGCAAGAUUUCUCCGUCGAAAUCACAUCACCCUAUACCCAAAGUGUUGUCGGGAUUAUCCGACUGUCCUUGGAACCAUCAUCUGCGGAGGCUCCGUCUUCUACAUUGAAAUUCAACGUGGUCAUGCGGGACAUGGUUGGUUUUGCUGAGUGGGAAGGAACGGAAGUUCAUGCUCAGCUCUUCGUGCCUGGUAUCUCCGAGGAAGGAGGUGCUACAACGACGCAGAUGAUCAGUGGGUUUGAAGAGAGCCCCGUGCGUUUUGAAAGUGUGCAUAGCAUGAGCCUGCCACUUUCAAGCCCGCGAACGGCUGCUCUCAAGGUCUGUGUUUACGCUCGUGUGACUUCGGUACAUCUAGACAAGCUUUUGAGCUGGGAUGACAUGCGCGAUUCGGCGGAUGUUACACCUCAGAAGCGGACCGCCCCUCGAAUUGCAGAGUCAGAAUUCUACUCGGAAGAAAGACACGACGUGUUUGCCAGAGUCCAGAUCCUUGAGCUUGCGGAGUCUGGUGAGUAUCUGCCGGUAGAAGUUGUCCAAAGCAACAAUCUUGAUGCAGGCACCUAUCAGCUUCACCAAGGUUUGCAGCGUCGUAUAUCCAUCAACCUCACUUACAGUUCCACCGAGAGCCUCCCAUGGGAUGAUAUCACUAAUGCCCGUGUUGGCUCUGUGCGUCUUCUGGAUCCGUGGGGCAAGAUCCCUGAUCAGGAUCUCCAGACCCCGGACGUUCCUCUCAAGUUCCUUCAAGAACCCAUGGUGAAAGACAACGCGGAUGGAACCUCCAAUGUGACGAUUGUGGGUCAGUGGGAUUCGAGUUUGCACGGUUCCUUGCUACUCGAUCGCGUCACCGCGGACAAAUACCGAGUCCAGGUCACCGUACGCUGGGAUCUUGUAUCCUCUCGUCUGCAGGCCCCGGUUGUUUUCGAGGUCGAUCAGACAAUCCAUAUCCUCGGACGUACCUACGUUCGCCAGCAGUCUAUGUUUAAACAGCUCUGGAGCUCUACUCGAGUUGUGCACUCGACCACUCGCAUGUAUUCUCUAGUCAUUCGACCGAUUUCUGCCAAGCGAGCUGCCGACCUGUGGCGAAUGAACACACAGAAUGACUACGUCAAAGGCGAAGAGUUGUUGACCACAUGGGCGGCCCGUAAAGUGUCACUGGUACGAGAUUAUAUAGCGGCCCGCAGACAUCGAUACCGUGUAGCAGAAUUACACGCGGCCCGAGGAGCUCUCAGUGCUGGCAGCCUAAUGGCAUCACCCGCUCGGGGCAGUGGUCGAUCUACGCCUCUGAGAAACCAAGACCUUAACGAGCGCAAAACCAAAAUUCUACGCAAAUACCUUGAUCUCUGGCCAACCAAGAAAGAUCCCACAGAGACCAUCCUGGUUGGCAGCAAUACCGAACCCCCCACCGACGGCGCACAGGGAAGGUCGAACGGUGGCAACGCCAUAUUGGACAAGAUGUCAUUGAAGCCUCGCUUCGUGGCAACCAUUCAAACUUUACCCAAGAAUGCCUCCGUCUUGAAAUCAGGACAUGUCCUCACACCUGACGACACAAACAGUGUCUGGACUCGCCGAUUCGUGGAGCUUCGCCGGCCGUACCUCCACAUCUACUCGGUUCCCGAUGGGGAUGAAAUCAACGCUAUUAACCUGCGCAAUUCUCGUGUCGAUCAUGCUCCCGACUUUGCGCGUCUCCUAGAUGGUUCUGGAGCCGGAGCCGAUCGCUCAUUAUCCGCUAAAGGACGUCCCAACAUCUUUGCCGUCUACGGAACACAGAAUACAUACCUUUUCGCGACACGUACCGAGGCCCAGAAAGUAGAAUGGAUUCUGAAGAUCGACGAAAGCUACUUCAGCAGCAAUGGCGGUAGUGCUGUUGCAAGUGGUGACGAGCGAUGA